AUGUACCUAGACCACCUGCAGCAGCAGCAGCAGCAGCAGCAGCAGCAGCAGCAGCAACAGCAGCAGCAGCAACAGCAGCAGCAGCAGCAGCAACGGCAGCAGCAGCAACAGCAGCAGCAGCAGCAACAUAAGAUUCUCCUGUCUCCUUUUUCCCUGUCUCCCGCCACCCCCACCCAAACUCAGCUGACUAUACACCCCAACUGCCUAUACACCCCAGCUGCCUAUACACCUGAGCUGCCUAUACACCCGAGAGCUGCCUGUACACCCCAGAGCUGCCUGUACACCCGAGAGCUGCCUGUACACCCGAGAGCUGCCUGUACACCUGAGCUGCCUGUACACCUGAACUGCCUGUACACCCCAGAGCUGCCUGUACACCCCAGAGCUGCCUAUACACCUGAGCUGCCUGUACACCCGAGAGCUGCCUGUACACCCCAGAGCUGCCUAUACACCUGA